AUGGCACUUGUUCGCCCACCGCUUCCUACUUCUCUGCUCAUUGCCCCGAACUCGCAGGCUUGUUUACUCUCUCAACGUGGUUCCUGCUGGCUCCCAUUCAACAGAAUGAGUGACAGCGAAACAAAUGAGCAUCCUACAGUCUGCGUGUCGCCUCCUCUUCCUCUGUCUUCUCCUGUGAUCAAGAAGAAAGCUAUCUUAAUCCCAUCGUUUGAUGACAAGGGCCUCAUCUUUACAAAGAGCAACUCUAAACUCUCAGCAGCUGAUGGAUCAAAUGAAGUAAUUUCCUCCAAAGCCUCAUGUCAGUUCAUGCGAGGUAAAGAAUGUCUGAAUUCACAGAGAAACAACAAGGAGAGAGCUUCAACUCUUCCAAGGUCAAAACCCUCAGCACCCAAGUCCAUGACCGCCUCUGUCAAACCUAACAUCUGCAUUUCCCCUGCUCCACUGCCAAGUUCCUCUCCUACACUCCCAUCUCUCAAACCGAGACCAAGGGAUUCACUUCUUUCUCCCGCCUGGGAGUUGGGUGAAUUUCAUCCAAUACCACAACAGCCAGACCCUAAGCCAAGAGUGUCUCCAACUCUGACUGUUCCAACACCCAGGCUGAGCCCCACCCCUUCAUCAGCCACCCAAAGCCAACAAGAGAGGCAACCGUCUCCCAUUGCUCAAGAGAGACACGCCAGAUCUAUUUUCCUUUCUAACAUGACAAUGGGGCCUUCCAAAAACAUCAAACAUGAAGUUCUUGACCAAGGAACGUUACUGCAUUUUACCCAUCCUGGCAAAAAAAACAUCAGCAGAGAGCCCCGGCAUACGACUGAGAUUUCCAGGCUUCCAGCAACAUCUCACAAAGCCUGCAUAGUUCAAAGUAAAGUUGGAUUGAAGAAAGCAGAAAUUACAGAUACAGACCAACCAAAGACUCUGAACAGAGACCAUAAUAUUGUUACCACGCCGAAACCAAAGCUAAUCACCAAACAGCAAAAACAGUGCGACCCCAGCCAAGCAACAAGCAGUUCUGAUACUGUUCCACCAAUGUCUGAUGUCCCUUCUGUGAACUCAAGACUUCUAAGUAGAUUAGCAGACAACAGCCUUAAGAACAAUUAUACUCACACUUCUUUCUGUGCACCAUUUAAUCAGUCAUUUGUGCAAACAGAUCCCAAUAAAGGAACAAAGUUGACCCAACUGUCCCCUUGUACAGAUUCCCAGAAUAGUCUUUAUUCAGACAAAAGUGAAACAAGAAGAAAAUUUGACCAUGACACUGAAAAAAGGAGAAAAGAACGAGAAGCUCAAUCUCUAAAAAGCAAGUCCCCUCAGCAUCAAAUAUCUCUACCAGACCAAACGCCCAGCCACUCCACCCAGACAGAUGUAAAAAGUGCAGUAAGCUGGUCUGAGAAAUCAUUAGGGGAUUUAAGCUGCCAGUCAAGAGACCUCAGUCAGAUACUUCAGAAACAUUGGAGUGGACAGAGAUUAAAUCAAGUUAAGACGUCCAUGGGGGCAUCUCAGAGCCUGGGGACCUUCCAACCUGUUUCUGAUGAAUCUUUGAAUUCUCAACAUGGAUCCUGUUCAAACAUUGACAGAAGACUUACACAUCUCUGGAAUCAGGAGCUGACAGAAGAACGAGAAAACCAAAAGGACAUUAACUUUAGUCACAGAGCUUUAAAUCAAACAAGUGUUUUUAAAACACCUGACCACAAUGAGGCUGCAAAAGCAUUACCAAAAAACCCCUUGGCCCCAACAGUGGCAGAAUGCCCAUUUAAGACAAACAGACCAAGCAAUAACUUCAAGAGAGCCACUGACUGGCUGCAGCAGGCAUUUCACCAGCCUUCAGAAGAGACCGCUACACCUGGUCACCAACAAAACCAUCAACCAAACUACUCUGACCUAUACAGAGCAUUUAUCACUGAAGAUUCAGAAGACCCUUAUUACGUCACUAUGCACUACCCAGAUUCAGUGUAUGUAGCUAACCCUAUCUACUUCAGGGACAGUAGCAGUCAACCUGCAGCCUUGGUGGUCACUCCAAAAAGCAAGCUGCUGUCUCAACAUUAG